AGAAAACGGAAGAACGGGACAUUGAACUAAUAAGUUGAAAAAAAAGAAGAGGAAAGAGGAAAGGGGACCAAAAACCACAUCGGUCAUCGGUCACUCAGCAAGGAACAUGGAACCCACCAACGCGGCCCGUCAGCGCCCCACUCAUCACCCCUCCCCGCCGUCCCAGCCAUCGGGCAGCAGAUCUGCUACUACACUAGCGCACGCCGAGUCCCGAGUGGCCCGUUUUAUCAUUCCAUCCCAUGAAACUUUUCCUCUUCUCCCUCUUCCCACAUCAUCCUCUCAUUCUUUUCCUUGAGUGAGUUGUUGCAUCGCCCAGCAACUCCAGGUCUUCUACAAUCUACCCAAUGGCGCGCCUCACCUCCCUCCUCGGAGCGCUGCUCCUCUCCGUCUCCCUCUUCACACAGCCCCUCCUCGGCGCUUCAACUACCACUACCACAACCACAACCACCGACAACAACAACAACAACAACAACAACAACAACAAGGUCCAAUACUGCCAAACCGGUCUUACUUCAGGAGCAGCCGACUUCUGCCUCUCCCUCUUCUCCCUCCCCAACACCACCACUGCCUCUCACGACAUCUACUUCCACCUUACCAUCACUCGCUGGAACGCAAAUGGAUGGACGGCCAUCGGCACAGGGCAGACCAUGGCAGGAGCCUUGAUGUUUAUCGUCUACGGCGACCCUGUAAACGGUACCGAAAAGGAGCCGGUAGUGAGCGUGCGAACGGUGGAAGGACAUCGUCAACCGCAGUUGAUCGACGAUUUCAGGACAGUAGCUGGGAAGGGAUUCGACGUCCAGGUUCUGGCAUCGAGUUGGAAAGAAGCCGGUACCGUGCCCCCUGCUAGCAAGGAGGAGCAGGGCAAAGUGAAAGCCAAAAGACACGACGACCACGACGAACACCCCAUCAUCCCCGCAGCCGGCACCAAGACGUAUAUCGCCGACGUCUUACUCGCCUGUUACUCCUGUUCCCUGUGGUCAUCCGGUUCCGGGUCCUGGCGGACUUCCAUCUCCGCCACUUCUGCAUCUCAGCCGUUCCUCUGGGCCUGGAACGACCGCCAAGAUUUCAGCGGAACCUUCCCCCGCGAUGCGCAUCUGAAGAUGCACCGCCAUCACGGCUCCGAGACAGGCGGAUACGGCUUUUUCUGGGCCGACAUGACGCGCUCCAUCCUCGGCAGCAGCGGCAGCAACUACUUGGGAAAGCCGACCGUCGACGACCUGCUCAAGAUCCUAGCCAUCGUCCCCGAUACCAACCUCCUCGGCACCUCCACUAAACCCCUCUCCGCCUCGGGUUGGCUUGAUAAAGUAACCGCCAACCCCCUCCCCAAAACGCACGCCUUCUUCAUGACCGUUGCCUUCCUCAUCCUCUUCCCCCUCGGUGUCAUCUUGAUCCGCUCCUCCGGCAACGCCUUCCAGAAACAUUGGCUUGUGCAAGCCCUCGCGUCCAUCUUCACCCUCGCCGGCGCUGGCGUAGGCUUGUACAUGACCGGUCGUCACAUCCCAUCUACCGUUCACCAGUGGCUUGGUCUCGCUGUUACUUUCCUGCUGGUAGUCCAGGUGAUUCUAGGGUGGAGACACCACGUGGAUUUCCUGAGGAUCCGCAGGAGGACGUGGAUCUCCCAUGGACAUAUCUGGCUUGGGCGGUGGGCGGUCGUGGCCGGGUGGGUUAAUGUUGUUUUGGGUUUGUUGUUGAGCGGGCACAGUAGGGUUGAUGUGUGGGGGGUCGGGAUUUUCAUGGGUAUGGAGGCGGUUGUGGUGGCUUGGUGGGUUUGGAGGGCGGCACAGAGGAAGGCGAUAGCAGGUGAGAAUGGCGGGCAGAAUGGAAAGGGGACGACGAUGGAGGAUGGGGAGGUUGAGAGUCAUGCGCUGAUGGCGAGGAAUGGAGGUGCGGGAGCGGACGGGGAGUAUUUUAGGUUGAGCAUGAGUGAGGAUGAUUUGAGUAGCAGUGAGGAUGAGGAGGAGGGCAAGAGGGGGGAUGGAGUUAGGGGUGGGCGGUAA